AUGGCGGCGCCGCGAGGGCCGACCAGCCAAUGGGAGGCCCUGUUGGAGGCACUGCCACCGUCGGAGCAUGAAGAGCUGCGCGCUCAAAUUGGCCGGGCCUUGAUCGACGAGCUGGAAAUGGUGCAGCAAGAAGUCCGCAUGCUCUUGGAAAUUUGGCAAGAAUAUCGUUCGGAAACUGACACGCUGACGCAACCUCACAUCAAUACCGAAACUGCAUGCCUGCCCGAGCCGCCCAUGGUUCGGGAUCGUCUUACACAGGAGCUCAAGUUUCUUGCUGAGCAAUUGCGACAAACCAGGCAUGAGCUAUUGGCUGCAUCCAAUGUCUAUCAGCCGUCGUUGCAGGAGCUACGCGAGGCCCGGAAACGUUUGGAGCACAAAUUUGUUCACGAGAGUGCUACCACUCGUGCUGCUUUGUCUGCCAGCCCCAAUUUGCCGUCCGCCACCGCUGCGAGUAGUGACCCGCUUCCCCCACCCAUGUCCAAGGCACCGCUACCCUUGCCAUUGGCGGCCCCUGCCAGUUUGCCUCGAGUGUCUCGUCCACCCCCUUUGGGCGCCGCCCUCGAUCGCCAAUUACCUAUGCGCCCUACUUCUGAAAAUCACAAGCAACUCCCACGGCCACCUCCACGCGGCCCAUUGGAUGCUCGAGCACCGUCGGCCCCGCGUACUCGCCCGGGUGCUCGUCGGACAGUGGUUCGCUCGGCCUCUACACAGGAUUCGACCCUGCGCCCUUUGCGCCGUCUCCCGUCAUCCCAUGUCACGACUUCUUCGUGA